AUGGGACGCCUGAACCAGCCACGUCUUGUGGCCAUGGCCGUGUUGAUUUUCAUUCUCGUGGUUGUGUUCAACCGUAGACUGGAACCCAGCUAUGGAAGUGUGGCACCAGUGGAUGAAAUCGAGGAAACCAAUGGGUAUAAGGAUGAUUUCCUUGAUAAGAAUGUGCUAAAUAGAAAUGGAGAGAAACUCAAGACAGCUCCCAAAUUAAUUAUAUCUGAUGAAGUGACCAAAGAUAUGUUAAGGGCCAUGGACAAGAAGCAAGCCAAAUGUCCUGAUUAUGUUGACUAUUCAUCUGUUGCUCAUGGUCCAUUAAGUUCAGGUAAACAUCGUUAUCCAUAUAUGAGACCAGCCCCCAAAUGUCGUACGUUUAGUUCUGAAGCUGUUGAAUUGUUAAUAGCAGAGUUGAAGAAACGGGUUGAAGAUGUUGAUUUAGGGAGGUUAAUUGAGAACACUUUACCCAAUACUUUGGAUAGUACGAUUCUUUGGCAUUUGGAUGAGAAACAAGGAGGUACUAGAGGUCCUCAAUCAUUUGUGGUAACUGGUGACAUUCAUGCUGAAUGGUUAAGAGAUGCUGCUAGACAAUUGUCUGUGUAUCAGCCAUUGGUUAAAUAUGAUACCAAGUUAAGGACAUUGAUUAAAGGAGCUAUUAAUACUCAAGCAGAAUUCUUGAAUAGUUCACCAUAUUGUAAUGCCUUUCAACCUCCAAUAGGUUCAGGCAUCAAGAAGAAAGACCCCUCCAUAGAUCAUGUGAUCCCCAGGCCUGAUUGGAGAAGAGUAUUUGAGUGUAAGUAUGAAGUUGAUUCAUUGGCUUCAUUCUUAACUCUUAGUAAUGAAUACUAUGACAAUUCAGAUGGUGGUGACACAAGUUUCAUCAACUACAAAUGGAUGGCAGCACUUGAGAAGUUGCUCAUAGUAGUUAAAAGAGAAAUGAUUCCUUCUUUCAAUAAAGAUAAUGGUGAAGCAAUGGGAUUUUACUAUGUAUUUCAAAGAAAUACUAAUAUAGGAUCCGAAACAUUACCUUUAGCAGGUACUGGGAACCCUGUUAAUUAUGGUACUGGGUUGGUUAGAAGUGCCUUCAGACCCAGUGAUGAUGCUUGUAUCUUACAAUUCUUUAUCCCGGGUAACAUUCAUUUGUUAACAGAACUUAAACGAAUGAGACGGACUUAUUUCAAUCAGGAUAAGUUACCUGAAUUCAAUAUUGAGUUGUUCACCAGCAAUAUUGAUUUUCUUAUUAAGAAGAUCACCAAGGGGAUUGAAACUUAUGGUAUAGUAGAUCAUCCAGUUCAUGGGAAAGUGUAUGCCUAUGAGGUUGAUGGCUAUGGUGGUAACAUCUUUAUGGAUGAUGCUAAUAUCCCUUCGUUAUUGGCCAUACCUGACAUGGGUUUUGGUGAAUUGGACGAUCCUGUCUAUCAGAAUACAAGAAAGAUGAUCUUAUCCAAGAGUGGGAAUCCUUAUUACCUUAAGGGGAAGUUCUUUAAGGGAAUUGGAGGUCCUCAUGUAGGCGUACAUAAUGCAUGGCCCAUGUCAUUACUUGUUGGUAUUCGAACCACAAAUGAUGAUGAUGAGAUCAUCAACAAUUUGAAUUUGGUGAUGGCUACAACUGGUGGACUUGGUUUAAUGCAUGAAACAGUUCAUGUGGGUUCAGAAGGUGGUUAUCAAUACACAAGACCUUGGUUUGCUUGGUGUAACUCUGAAUUUGGUAAGACUAUAUUACACUUGGCAAAGCAUAAACCUCAUUUGAUAUUUAAAGAUGAAUAUAAAAAUGAACCUUUUGACAUCCACAAGAUUAUAAAGAAACAAUAA